UCCACUCCCAACAACAUGUGUUACUAUGGUGGAUACUAUGGAGGCCUGGGCUAUGGCUCUGGUGUCCUAGGCUAUGGCUAUGGCUGUGGCUAUGGCUGUGGCUAUGGUGGCUAUGGUGGUUAUGGUGGCUAUGGUUAUGGCUGCUGCCGCCCACUCUGCUGUAGAAGGUACUGGUCCUGCGGCUUCUAUUGAGGAAGUUCUGUAGCUGUUCAACACAACUUUCUUGACAUUACAAGUUCUUAAAAUAAUCUUAAAUUAAAACCUUAUACUAAACUCUCUGAGGAAAAAUAAUCCAAACACAGCAUGACCAGAAUGCAAAGAGGAACUUCAGUAUCUUCAUAAUGCCUUUGAA